AUUUCCCUCCAACAGAUUUCCCUCAAAGAAAUUUCCCUCCAGAGAAAAUUAGAUUGAUAUAAAUCUACAGAUCGGUACCUCUUCCUAUUCUCACUUUUCCAAAUCCUUUAGGUGUUUGAGAUUGAGAUAGAUUGGAGCAAAAAUAUUGGUUCAGAUAGAGGAUUGAUCAUCACUGUUAUCAACUAUUACGGUGAUAAACACGGUUGUUCAUGGAUUCAACAUCUGAUGAUGAUGCCAGACACUCUGACCUAUCCAGCACUCAAACUAAUGGAGUGAACAAUAAUGGUGUUACCGAAAACCAUAACUCCUCUUCAACACCCAGUGUAAAAGCUCAAAAUUAUCAUGGGUUUUUACAAUCAAACCACUUUAGCCUAUGUCCAUCAACACAUCCGAACUUCGCUUUGCAUAGAGUUGAUGCUCCUUACCCUGCUCAGCAAUUUUAUGGAACUAGAUUACCUUAUCAGGGUUUUAUGAGAACUUCUCCAUUUUUUCCUUAUGAUUCUCAAAAUUCUGAUGCUUCGGUAACUACGAUGAAUACUGAAACUCCUAAUUCUCAAAAGAAACCCAGAAAGAAAGUUACAAAAAACACUAAAGCUCCUCAACCAAACCAACAUUCCAAUUCCCGUGUUACUUGGACAAUGGAGGAGGAUGUUGCUCUAACAAAGGCGUGGUUGUAUGUAACCCAAGAUGCAAUAACCGGAAGAGAUCAGCCCUCUGAUAGAAUGUGGAAUCGCAUUUGGGGUGUUUGGAGAGACAACAUGGUGAAUCCCGAUGGGCGAGGGUGGAACGCCUUAAAAUGUCACUGGAAAGGGAUACAAACACAAGUGUGCAAGUUCCAUGGUAUCUACGAAAUGUUGGAGAGGCAUCCCCCAAGUGGAAACAAAUUGCAGGACAUAAUAAGAUUUGCGUAUAAUAAUUUUUUUAUUCAAUAUGUUUUUAUUAGUUUCAUUUCGUCAUCGUUUCCCAUUGUAUUUUAUGUAAUGUGUAGGUAAUGGAAGCUAAGUUUUUGUUUGAGGGAAAUGAUAAAGGACCAUUCAAGUA